GAGGGCAAGGUGAGGAUGCUGAGGCGCUCUGCCCUGACCUGGACCGGUGGAGAAGCCGGCUUUGCGGGGAGUGGGAGAGCAGCUGUGCGCGCGGGAGGGUGUUUCUAUGAAGACCACUCUAAUUUGAAAGGAAAGAUGCUGUCCUCCAGUGAACAGAAGCUGGACAAGCUGGACGCCUUUUAUCGACUUCCAUUGGCCAAACAGAAGACGAGUGCAGAAAUCAUCAGCGAGGCCCGAAAUGCCUUGAGAACGGUUAGAACCCAAAGGCCAUUUACACCACGAGAAGACCAAAGGAAGCUCUUCGGGCCUGCCUCAUCGAGAACCCCAGAAAACAGGCCUCCUUCGUCCUUCAGCCUCCAUGCCUCCAGCUUUGAGUUAGCCGAUCCCAAGCCUAUCUCCGGGACUCGUCUCAGGCCGCUUGAGCUGAAACCCAAAGCUCCAGCAUCUCCCAACACAGAGGAGGAUGCCAAUCUCUCCUUCCCCAAAGCUCCAGUGGACCCCGCAAAGAUAAGAAGAAUAAGCGGUGCGCGUGCACGCUUCUACAGGGCUGCCUCCCAGGGAACGCUCCUGCCUGACAGAUCCCCUCCUGCUGCCCACUCGAAGACCCCGGUGGAGUCCAGAGACACUGUUAGCGUGGGGAGUGCCACAGCAAAAAGGAAUGGGGCUCAUUUAACAGCAUCAAGUGCCACCCGCCAUUUAAAGAACCCCCCACUUCUUCCCUGCGACCAGGGCUUCAGAGAAACCACAGAGCAGGAAGCGUCCCUACAGCCUCAGCUCGGAAGCAGAGGGGAUCCUGGGAAACGGCGUGCCAGGGCCUCCUCGUGUCCUAGCAGCUCAGACCUGAGCAGACAGGAAACCAGAACAGCCUCAAGAGCCAGCUUACAGGAACAGGAGCCAGAGCUAGAAGUAGAUGAGACCUUUUGGAAAACACGGAUCAUUCCAAUUUUGCAUGAAUUAGAGAAGGAAGAAGAUAUUGAAGCGAUGUGUGCGGCCUGCACCCAGCUCCAUCGCGCGCUGGAGGAAGCGCGCAUGCUCGGAAAGAGGUUCAAGAGAAGGAGCGUCCUGCUGAAGGCGCUGUAUAAGCUAGUGGACGCCGGCUCAGACGCGCUCAGCCUGAAGCUCGCAAAGCUUAUCCUAGCACUUAAAGUGAGUGGAAAGAACCUUCUUAACAUCUGCAAACUGGUAUUUAAAAUCAGCAGGAGCGAGAAGAAUGACACCCUGAUGCAGAAGGACAACAUUCUGCAAUCUCUACUGGAGGUACUGAGAGACGAAGACCUGCAAAGUAACACCGAGGCUUUUCUCUACUGCAUGGGGGCUCUGAAAUUCAUUUCCGGAAGUCCAGGAUUCCUUACCGAGAUGGUCAACAAAGGCACGGUGGAAAUAUUGGUGCAGUUAAUAAAGGAAACGACUGAGGACACAGAGAAGCAUGGCGCGUGCCUGCCGAAUUCUGGCCACUUGCUAGUCCAGACAACUGCUACCUUGAGAAACUUGGUCGAUUCACCACUGACAAGGAGCAAACUCCUGAACAUCGGGGCCUUUCCCUGUCUCUGCACAGUGAUGGGACAGCACAUGAACGACAAGGACAUCUGUACCAACAUCGCCAGAGUCUUUAGCAAACUAACCUCUUACCGUGACUGCUGUGCGGCCCUGGUCAGCUAUUCCAGAUGUUACGCCUUGUUUCUAAGUCUAUUGAACAAAUACCAGAAGAACCAGGACUUAGUAAUUCGAAUUGUUUUUAUCCUUGGCAACCUGACAGCGAAAAGUAACCAGGCCCGGGAACUGUUCUCCGGAGAGAGUGGGAGCGUGGAAACUCUGCUCACACUGUUCCAGAACUUCUACCGACUUGAGGAGAGCUCACCAAAGCUGCAGCGUUCAGGAGCCAGGCCACGGGCAGAGGCCGAGGACGUGCUGGUCAAGCUGACCCGUGUCCUUGCCAACAUAGCCAUUCACCCUUGCAUCGGCCCAGUGCUAGCCGCCGACCCUCGGGUGGUGGGCCUGUUGCUGACAACCCUGGAAUCGAAGUCACUGGGCGACUGUGAGGAGCUGGUGAUCAACACCACAGCAGCCAUCAACAAUCUGUCCUUUUACCAAGUGAAGAGCUCUGUCCUGCAACACAGAAAGCUGUAUGUUGCUGAAUUGCUCUUAAAGCUCCUUGUGAGCAACAACAUGGAUGGGAUCCUGGAGGCUGUGCGUGUCUUUGGAAAUCUCUCCCAGGACCAUGACGUCUGCAAUUUCCUCAUGCAGAAAAAUGUACACAAGUUCUUGAUCACAUUGCUGGAAGCCAAGCACCAAGACAUUUGCUUCUCUGCCUGCGGGGUCCUCCUGAAUCUCACGGUGGAUAAGGAUAAGCGAGCGGUGCUCAAAGAAGGCGGUGGCAUUAAAAAGUUAGUGGAUUGUUUGAGAGAUUUCGGUCCUGGUGACUGGCAGCUGGCCUGCCUGGUGUGCAAGACCUUGUGGAACUUCAGUGAAAACAUCACCAACGCUUCCGAGUGUUUUGGAGAUGACGUCACCAACACACUCCUCAUCCUCUUGUCGACGUUUUUAGAUGAAGAACUAGCCCUGGAUAGCAGUUUUGAUCAAGACUUAAAAAGUUACCACAGACUCCACUGGGAGACGGAAUUCAAGCCCGUGGCACAGGAACUUCUAAAGCGCAUCCAGAGUCACCACACGCUCCUGGAGCCCCUGCCCGUCCCUUCUUUCUAACAUGACGCACUCAAGGCAGAACCGGGAGGUCAGAUCUCCCUCCUUCUCGGGAAAUGGUAAAAGCACGAAAGCUUUUCAGUAUUCACACACGUCGAGCGUUUUUAAAGUACUGAUUUUAGCGAGUAGCCUAAGUAUUUUGAAAGAAAUAAGCAUUUCUUUUUCUAGGAAUUACAGAAAACAGAUAUAUAUAUAUAUAUAUAUAUAUUUUCUGCUAUGCGAGGUAUGAGAUGGAAAUAUAUGCAUUUCUAAGACUUCUCUUUCUAUUUGCCUCGUACUCACUUAGAAAAGAGCCUUUAAAAUCCCGGUUUGACGACUUUGGGAUGAGCGGGCUCCAUCAGGUCACUAGCUAAGGGACGGCACAGUGGAGACGGGGCCUUGUCCACGGGAGAGCAGCCCACAGGGGAGGCACACACACUGACCGCUGCUGCAACUCUUACUACAUCCAGAAAUAAGUUUCUGUCCUCGUCCUAAGAGAAGGAGUAAGCAGAAAGUAGAGAGAACUACGUGGAGAUGUAGCUCGGUGGCAGAUGACCUGACCACCGGGUUCAGGGCCCUGGGAUUGAUCCCCAGCAAGGGAGUGGAAGGAAAUACUGCUUCAGGUCAUUGUCCUUAUAGAUUCUAGGGGUUUUCCCUUCGUUUGUGUGGAUGUCUGGCCGGCAUGUAUGUUUGUGCACCCUGUGCAUGCAGUACCUGUGGAGGCCAGAAGAGGGUGUCAGAUCCCCUGAGACUGCUGUCAUAGAUGGUUGUGAGCCUCCGUGCGGGGGUGAGACCUGAACUCAGGUCUGCUGUAAGAGCAGCUAGUGCUCUUAACCACUGAGCCAUCUCUCCAGCCUCUACUUUUAAAAUAUUUUUAAAUUUUUUAUUUGUGUCUCUCUGAGUAAACAUAUGUCCCGUGUGUGUGUGUGUGUGUGUGUGUGUGUGUGUGUGUGUGUGUGUGUGUGUUCCCUUGAAUCCAGAAGAGGGUGUCAGCCCCCGGAACUGGAGCUACAGGUGGUUUUGAGCUGCUGGACUCGAUUGCUAGGAGACAAACUGAGGUCUUCUGGAAGAGCAGUAAGUACUGCUAACCACUGAGCCAUACGGCAGCCCCACUUAUCUACUUCUUGAAUGAAGCAGGACAGAUGAAAAAGUACCUUUCCUUUCAUUUGAAACAGUGACUGAAUCAGAUGGUUGUCCUCCUUAUUAGACUGUAGCCAAGAGAGAUGAUAUAACAGGUUAGAAAGUACAAGGUUAGCUGUAAGACGAAUGUUUGUUUCCCAUCUCUCUGCUGGGGAGGAACCGCCUUAGACAAUUGACUAAAUGUCUCGAGUCAUACUAUAAAGUGAGAAUAUUACCUCUAUUUUAGUGUACGCGUUAGUCAGGGUUCUUAGAAAUAUAUAUAUUUAGAAUAUAUAUACAUAUAUACAUACAUAUAUAUAUGUUCGUGUGUGUGUGUGUGUGUGUGUGUGUGUGUGUGUGUGUGUGAAACCCAACAAUGGCUGCCUGCAUUUUGGAGAAUGUGAGAAGCCAGUAUCUCACCAGGUCCAGGAGGCAGAAUGCCUCAGCAGCCUCAGUGUGGCGCUGAAGACCGGAAGGAUUCCUGGAGAGCAUCUGGGCUUCAGUCCCUGCUAGAGACCGAGGAAGGAAACUGGAUUCCCAAGUCAGUGAGGGAGCAGUAGUGGCAAAAACAGAGUGGGUACGCUCGCCAGCCAGUGCAAAAGUGGGAAGGCAAAAGCCUGUGCUUGCCUCAGACCUCUUUGUACCUGGGUUGCCUGAGGGAGAGCUGCUGAAACUGAGGGGAAGGUUGUCAGGAAAUACCUGGCAGGCAGACUCAUUGGUCCCAGAGCUAAUAAGGUUGACCACCACCAUUAGCACACAUCGAAGUUUGGGGCGUAGCCUCAGUCAGCAGGUUUGGGCACACGCUGUAAUUAUGACGGAAGCCUGCUCGCUCGCUCGCUCGUCUCAGGAGGAUAAAUCUGUCUUUGAAUAAAUUAUUCAAAAAGA